GGCCACUGCGUACAGAAUUUGUAGUUUACAAGUUAUAUGUCAAACAUCUUGAUUUCGUGAUUAGAAAUUUUACCGGUCGACCUGAAUAUAUGUAAUUUUAUGAAAAUCUGUAACUACAAAUAUGUUUCGGGCAGUUUCGCGGUCUGGUAUACUGAAGAACGCCCUUAAAAUAAGUUCCGGCGUGUAUUUAGUGCAAAACGAAGGAAAGGCCGUGCUUAACCUAACCUCUGCACACAUUUCGAAAGCCUUUUUUUCUGAUUCGAAAGAAGUUAAACCAGCCACCCCUUUAGCAAAUUUAUUGGGCAAGGAAAACAUACCAACUGCUGACAAAGAAAAAAAGGAAGAGGAAGACGAACAGAAACAAAGGGACGCAGCAUGGCGUACAAUGAAAUACACGUUUAUUGCUUUCGGCUUUUCAUUUACAGUUUUGGGUGGGUAUUUAGUAUUUGAGUUAGGUAAGCCUGUUAUUGGUGAAGAUGGGUUGCCAGUGCAGGACGAAUUUGCACAUUUAGCUCCCUGGAAACAAUACCUUUAUCGUACUUUAAAAGAAUUGGAUUACUACAAGCGUCUUAUCAAAGAGCCAUCAAGAGACAAGUUGUUGCCAGAUCCACUUAAAUAUCCGUACUAUCAACCACCCUACACGUUAGUUUUAGAAUUAACUGACCUGUUAGUUCAUCCUGAUUGGACUUAUCAAACUGGUUGGAGAUUCAAAAAACGUCCUGGUCUUAAUCAGUUCCUAGAAAGUUUGACCGGACUCUAUGAAAUUGUGGUGUAUACUGCAGAACAAGGAAUGACUGUCUUCCCCCUUAUGGAGGCUUUAGAUCCAAAAAAUUUAAUUUCUUAUAAACUUGUUAGGGAUGCUACACAUUUUGUAGAUGGGCAUCAUGUUAAAAAUUUAGACAAACUUAAUCGUGAUCUUUCAAAAGUUAUUGUUGUUGAUUGGAAUAUGGAUUCAGUUAAAUUUCAUCCAGAUAAUGUCCUGAGAAUCCCUAAAUGGGUUGGUAAUGAUGAUGAUACAACUCUGUUUGAUUUGGCUGGAUUCUUACGCACAGUAGCGACAUCCGAAAUAGAUGACGUCCGAGACGUUUUAAAGUAUUAUAAGGAGUUCGAUGAUCCUUUAGCAGUGUUUAGGGAGAGGCAGAGAAAGUUAAUGGAACAGCAAGAAGCUGAGAGGGAGGCUAAGAAGCUACAAACACCGCCACCAGUUAAGCGCUGGACACCCAGUAUAUUCAAUAGAUCGUUUUAGUUUUGCUCUUUAUUAAUUGAUAAGCUUGGGCAAAUGAUAAUAUUUAAACAAUUGAUUGCCAUUAAUUUUUAAAUUACGUAUUUAGCUUUUUUGUAAAUACUCUAUUUUGUAUAAAAUGAAUGAAAGUUGCAUUAGAGUGAAAGAACUGUUUGACUAAAUAUAAUCAGAUUUGACUCGCAUUGUCUCAAAAAAGUUGCUAAAUAAAGUUUUUGUUUUUUUAA